AUGGAUCAAUUCGAUCAAACGUCCAACCCAGCUAGCCCCUACUAUCUGCACCCAGGAGAAAAUCCUGGCCUCACUCUGAUCACUCAAAUGCUAAACGAAAACAACUACUCAUCUUGGAGCAGAAGCUUAAGGAGAGCUCUGCUUUCCAAGAAUAAAGUGAAGUUCAUCGACGGAUCCAUAAAAAGACCUCAAGAAAGUGGUGCUGUCUACGACGCCUGGGAGAGAUGCAACGUUAUGAUUUUAUCUUGGAUUACGAAGACUUUGUCACCCCACAUUGCCGAAAGCGUGAUUUACAUUGAAGACGCUAAAGAGCUAUGGGACGAGCUCAAGGAAAGAUUUUCUAAGGGAGAUUAUUUUAAAAUCUCAGACUUACUACAAGAAAUACACUCCAUCCGACAAGGUGAAAGGGGGGUGAGUCAAUUUUUUACAGAUUUAAAAAUCCUAUGGGAGGAACUGGAAUCUUUAAGGCCUAUACCCACUUGCGUUUGUGCCACACCCUGCAGCUGCGCUUUAUCCAAAGUUUCCUUAAAAUAUAGAGAGGCCGAGCAUGUAAUAUGCUUUCUGAAAGGUUUAAACGAUUCUUACAACACUGUUAAGACGCAAAUUCUCCUAAUGGACCCUCUUCCGAAUGUUAAUCACAUUUUUUCGCUCAUUAUUCAACAAGAGCGACAGGAAAAACAAAUUUCUACAGAGGUAAAAGUCCUUGCAAACAUUGCUGGAAGAAAUGGUCAAUGGAAGCCUGACCAGAACUGGAAAAUUCAAGGAAGAGGAGCUGAGCAUCAAGGAAGGGGAAUUGGGUUUCGUGGUCAAGGUAGAGGAAGGGGAAGAAAUCCCAACUACGGGAAACAAUGUUCAUAUUGUAACAAAAUGAACCAUACUAUAGAUGAGUGUUACUCUAAACACGGCUAUCCUCCUUAG